GCGUAAGUUUAUUGACUCACUGAUGACGUCCUCAGUCUGCUAUGUAGCGGGCGGAUGGUUAAAUUUCCGCAUUUGAGCAACACUGAAGCACAACAACACUACAGUAAGUGGACCAGUAUCCUCUUGUCAGAGCGCCUGCUCACAUGGACUCCUCCACUUUCCUCUACGAUGUCCCUCCAGUUGUCGUCGAGAGAUUCUGUCAAAUAAUGGACAGUGGAGAUGACAAGUUCGGAUGGCGUGGACUAGCUGUCCGAGUUGUCCCCACCUUGUUAGAAGUUCGCACGUUGGAGCGUGUGGAGGCAGCAGGUCGGAGUCCCACUAGAGAGCUGCUGUGGUCCUGGGCUCAGGAGAAUUCAAGAGUGCAGGACCUACUUAAGGUGCUGCAAGACAUGGGCCACCUUAGGGCCCUGCAGCUCUUCCAGGAUCAAGCUCGAGAGUUGCCUGUGCCCCCCAGCAAUCUACAUGCAGAGUCCAAAGGGCAGAUGUCAACAACUGAAGUGAAGGGAUCCUUCCAACUAGAGGCGAGUUCUGCAAGUCAAGCAUUAUCUGCCACGAACUCCGCUGGAGAAAAUCAGCCAAUCACAAUCACUUUCCAGGACAUCAUAGAAGGAACCAGAGAUUUUCAUCAUCACAUGAGAAUUGUAGAGGGGCACUUUUCUGACGUCUACAGUGCACAGAUAGGAGAUAGAAAGAUUGCGGUAAAGCUUUUUAAACAGAUAAAUAUGGAGCCAUGGAAGAAGCUGUGGGAUAUCUUUAGAAAAGAAAUGGAAAUCCAUCAUUUGUACCAACAUCCAAACAUAUUAGACUUGUUGUGUUGUUUUUCUGAUGAAGACCGCUACUGUCUGGUGUAUCCUUACCUCCCCAAUGGAUCGCUCUUUCACAGACUACACCAUCAGGAUGGAGAGCCCCGUCUGUCCUGGGAAGAGCGUCUUGCCAUCAUUAAAGGAACUGCAAAGGCCUUGCAUCACCUCCAUACAGCCCAGCCUUGCCCAGUGAUCUGUGGCAACAUCUCCAGUGCUAACAUACUCUUGGAUGAUGCCCUGCAGUCCAAGCUGUCUGAUUUUGGGUUGGCUCGUCUUCGUCCUCAUACUGCCAAUCAGCACUGUACUAUCACUCUGGAUACAAGGUUCCACGGCAACCUGGGAUACCUCCCUGAGGAAUAUAUUCGAGAUGGCAAGCUGUCCUUCAGCCUGGAUGUUUACAGCUUUGGAAUGGUUAUCAUGGAAACAGUAACGGGACGGAAGGUCAUAGAGGACGUGCCUAAACAUACACCCCUGAGAGAUCUGCUUGUAGCUGAGGUGGAGGACAGCGGUGGUGUGGACUCUUGUCUGCCUUUUUUGGAUGUCGCAGCCGGUCGGUGGCCAGUUGCCAUGGCCCUCGGCCUUCUGCGUCUGGCCUUGGACUGCACUGCCAGCCGCCAUCGCAGCAGACCAAACAUGGAGAAUGUACUUUUGGCGUUAAGCAAGCUGCUUCCUUCACCUAGCUACCCCCCUGCACACCAACCCCACAGCUUGGAUGAUGGAGAAGCUAUGAAUGCCCAGUUAAGCCCCUCAUCCUCCAUACCUGUAGAGCACGAUGAGCAGCACAGCCUCCCUGGUUCUUUAACACAGGCAGGACCCCGUGAAUGCAGCCAGUCGGAGGUGACAUAUCUGAGAGACGUCAUGGGUGCUGGUGGUGAAGCAGCAGCAAACCUGUACAACAGCUGGCCUGUACAGUGCAGCUGCCCUGCUGAGACAGGGGAUCUUGCCUGUGAGGACUGCAGAGCCAAUGGCUUCACCCUCAAUCACAUAGACAGUUCCCAGACUGACUCCAUUGUAGUGGAAUCCCCAGCCAAGGAGAGAUUGAGGAACAAACUGAGUCUUUAUGACAGAGGGGUGAUUAACACACAGGAACUGUUUUCUGAGACAGGACUGCAGUAGAGAGCCCACUUCCUGUUACAGUCUUGACAGCUGCCCUUUGUGUGGGCUGUCAUGUGUGUCCAGUAUUAAAGUGUUUCAU